AAAAAUACAUUUUUAUCCUUAUAAUGUGAUCCUAAGUAGCAUCUGUAUUCAGUACAUUUUAAGCUUUUGAUUUAUUAUUACAGGAUUCAUGCUUGAACCAGAUCCAGAGCAUAGACCUGAUAUAUUUCAAGUGUCCUAUUUUGCAUUUAAAUUUGCCAAAAAGGAUUGCCCAGUGUCCAACAUCAAUAAUUCUUCUAUUCCUUCAGCUCUUCCUGAACCGAUGACUACUAGUGAAGCUGCUGCUAGGAAAAGCCAAAUGAAAGCCAGAAUAACAGAUACCAUUGGACCAACAGAAACCUCAAUUGCACCAAGACAAAGACCAAAGGCUAACUCUACUACUGCCACUCCCAGUAUGCUGACCUUUCAAAGUUCAGCAACACCUGUUAAAGUCCCUGCUCCUAGUGAAUUCAGUAACCACAGACCUAAAGGUAAUGUAGCCCUUCCAACCCCAUCCUCUUCAUAG